AGUAAUUGUGGUGCAACAACCACUGCAUUAUUGCACAAUUCUUAUCACUUACAUAUUUCAUCCUCAACCUGUAAACUUCGUAUCACCUACAUACUUCGACCAACAGCUACUUGCUUGCUCAAUUCAACUCAUAUUUCAUCCUCAACUCAAACCAGUACAUACUUUCCCAUAUUUAAUCUCAUUUAUCACCACUCAUAUUUCGUCCUCAACUCAUAAUCUUAUCACCUACAUACUUUCCCAUUCUGAAAAAAAUGACUGAUGCCUUGCUUGAUGUUGUGUUUGAGAACCUGACAUCUCUUCUUAAAAACGAAUUUGCAACUCUAUCUGGAAUCAAGUCAAAGGCUGAAAAACUAUCAACCACCUUAGAACUUAUUAAGGCUGUUCUUGAAGACGCUGAAAAGAAGCAAUUAACAGACCGCUCUAUUCAAAUAUGGCUGCAGCAACUCAAAGAUGCGGUGUAUGUGCUUGAUGAUAUCCUUGAUGAAUGUUCCAUCAAGGGCUUAUCCUCUUUCAAACCAAAGAAUGUCAUGUUUCGCCAUUACAUAGGCAGUAGGUUGAAUGAAAUUACUAGCAGACUCAGUCAUAUUGCCGAAGGUAAGAAGAAUUUUAUGCUACGAGAAGGUGUUACUGUUACGCAACAACCAACUGAAGUGGCUGAAUGGCGCCAAACCAGCUCCUUUAUUGCUGAACCAAAGAUGUUUGGACGAGAAGAUGAUAAAGAGAAGAUUGUUGAGUUUCUUCUCACCCAAGCAAAGGACUCUGACUUCCUAUCCGUCUAUCCCAUUGUCGGUUUAGGUGGUGUUGGAAAAACAACUCUUUCUCAAUUGGUUUACAAUGAUGAUAGGGUGAGUGACAAUUUCAAAACAAAAAUUUGGGUUUGUGUUUCAGAGGUUUUCUCAGUCAAGGGGAUUUUGUGUUCCAUUAUAGAAUCCAUGACAAAACAAAAGUGUGAUUCAAUGGAGUUAGAUGUAAUACAAAGAAAAGUGCAAGAAAUGAUGCAAGGUACAAGAUGUUUGUUGGUUUUGGAUGAUGUGUGGAACAAAAAUGAAGAAUUUGAAUUCGGACUAAACCAAGAGAAAUGGAAUAAGUUGAAAUCGGUGUUGUCAUGUGGAUCCAAAGGUACUUCCGUUUUAGUGUCUACUCGUGAUAUGGAUGUUGCCUCAAUCACGGGAACAUGCCCAACCCGUCCUUUGUCGGUUCUCUCUGAUCAUGAGUGCUGGUUGUUGUUCAAACAAUAUGCAUUUGGACAUUACAGAGAAGAGCGUGCUGAGCUUGUGAAAAUAGGCAAGGAGAUAGUAAAAAAGUGUGGAGGAUUGCCUCUUGCAGCACAAGCAUUAGGGUGUCUAAUGCAUUCAAGAAGUGAAGAAAAAGCAUGGUUAGAAAUUAAAGAGAGUGAGAUCUGGGCUUUACCGCACGAGAAUUCUAUUUUGCCAGCUUUGAGGUUGAGCUACUUCCAUUUAUCACCAACCUUAAAACAAUGUUUCGCUUUUUGUGCUAUAUUUCGCAAAGAUACAAAAAUCAUGAAGGAAGAAUUGAUUCAUCUUUGGAUGGCUAAUGGAUUUAUUUCAUCUAGAAAAAAUUUGGAGGUUGAAGAUGUUGGAAACAUGAUUUGGAAUGAAUUGUACCAAAAAUCUUUCUUUCAAGACAUCCAUAUGGAUGAUUAUUCAAGAGUGAUUUCUUUCAAAAUGCAUGAUCUCGUCCAUGAUCUUGCUCAAUCAGUAGGGGGGCAAGAAUGUAUGGUUUUAGAUAAUGCAUAUGUGACUAACUUGUCAAAAAGCACACAUCAUAUUAGUUUCAACUAUCCGCGUCCGAUAUUAUUGGAAGAGGAUUCCUUCACAAAUGCAGAAUCAUUGCGAACAUUGUAUAACCCAGAUUAUUUUCGAUUUCGCUUUGGAAGUUUCAUACCAAUAAAGCACACUCUUCGGGUUUUGCGAACAGACACUUUUGAAUUCUCAUUACUCGGUAGUCUAAUUCAUCUGAGGUAUUUAGAGCUUCACAAUUUUGGCAUAAAACCCUUCCCUAACUCAGUUUAUAACUUACAAAGAUUGGAAAUCUUGAAGUUGCGAGCCUUUACCAAACUGAGUUGUCUUCCAGAACACUUGUCUUGCUUACAAAAUCUUAGACAUUUAAUCAUUGAAGGUUGUAAUUCAUUGUCUCGCAUGUUUCCUCACAUUGGAAAAUUAUCUUGCUUAAGAACCUUAAGUGUUUAUAUUGUUAAUUUCGAGAAAGGACAUAGCUUAGCAGAGUUACGUGAUCUAAAUUUAGGAGGAAAGCUGGAGAUCAAAGGCUUACAAAAUGUUGGUAGUUUAUCUGAAGCUAAAGAAGCCAAUUUAAUGGGUAAAAAAGACCUCGAUGAAUUAUGCUUGUCAUGGAAGGGUGGUGAUACACCUGUCAAGACUCCUGUUAUCAGUGAUGAUCAAGUAAUUGAAGUGCUUCAACCUCAUACAAAUCUCAAGAGCUUGAAAAUACAUUCUUACCAAGGAUUAUGCUUUCCAAGUUGGAUCAGAACUCUUAGUAAUUUAGUUACUCUUGAAGUUGGUUCUUGCAAUCAUUGUGAACGGUUUUCAUCACUUGGUAAACUACCAUAUCUAAAAAAACUCAUAUUAUUCGGUGUGUCUGUGAAAUACUUGGAUGAUAAUGAAUUUCACAAUGGUAUGGAGGUAAGGAUUUUCCCAUCUCUAGAGACACUCUUGUUACGCGGGAUGCCAAACUUAGAGGGACUGUUGAAAGUGGAAAGAGAUGAGACGUUUCCUUGUCUUUCUAUUUUGGAAAUCGACAAUUGCCCUAAACUUGAACUUCCGUGUCUUCCAUCUGUUAGAGACCUCUAUGUAGAUGAAUGUAAUAAUAAGAUGCUGAAGUCAAUCUCUAGCUUUUAUGGUCUUACCACCCUUACCCUUUAUAGAGGUGAAGGAAUAACAUCCUUCCCAAAGGAGUUUUUUCGGAACUUUACUUCUCUUCAAACUCUAAGUGUAGGGAAUUUCCAAAAUUUGAAGGAGUUACCAAAUGAACGCUUCAACCUAGCUUUGGAGCAUCUGCAAAUCUCUUGUUGCUGUGAGCUUGAGUAUUUACCAGAGAAAAUAUGGGGAGGUCUGCAAUCACUUCAAUCUAUGAGGAUUUCUUAUUGUGAAAGAUUAAAAUGCUUGCCAGAUGGUAUUAGACACCUCACCGCACUUGAUUCGUUGACUAUUGUUGGAUGCCCAACAUUGACGGAGCGAUGCAAGGAGGGAACAGGGGAAGACUGGGACAAGAUAGCCCAUAUUCCAAAACUAAAGAUUUCCUAAUGGUUUGUUCUCACAUCUCCACCUAAACAGGCUUUAGCUGAGCUCUUUGGAACCCUUUCCCAAGAAUGAGCACCAGAGUAAAUGAAAGAUCUUUUACUGGUUAUUCGAAAUAUGCAGAGUUUUUACAAUGUAAGGGGGAGCUCAAGGUGCAGACUGCAGAGGAAUAUUUACAUUGUGCUAUUCAAGCUGAUUCUAAUGAUGGUGAAAUCGUGAUUUGAUUCACUAUGUGAAGCCCGAGUGGGAGAACCAUCACGACAGAGAUAGAGCAUCAGUCAAUUUUGAACGUGCAGCUUAAGCUACGCCCCAAGACAGCGAUGUUCUUGCAGCAUAUGCUUGUUCGAUGAUGAAUGCCAUAAGGAUUUCAGUAAUUAUUCCAGUUGAACCUUUAUCUGAAGAAUGUGAAAAGAGAUAUGUUGUGGAAUGAAUGGAUGUUGCCGGCCUAUGCGAGACGGUCCCACAUUCCGAUUAUGAGUUCAGGUUAAGUCCACUGUUUUGCCAGAUAUCAAGAGCCCUGUAUAAUUUUCAGCCACAAUGGAAGUUUUUAUGAUUAAGAACUUACCCAUGCUAUGAGUUGAAUGAGCUUCUCCAAAAUGCUACUUAAUUCUGCUGUUAGUCGAAAUAUUCAGCCUUCCAUGGAUGAUCCAAAUGUUGAAUCACAUAAAGGAGGGCAUUUAUCCCUUGGAGAACAAGUUUGAAGUCACGAAGAACAAAAGUUAUUUGUGACAUUUUUGAAGAACAUUGAUUUAUGUCAACCAUAUGGGCCAGAUGAUCAUUAUCGCGUCUCUACUUCCAUUGGUGCUGGAAUUGAUAUGGUUCUUGGGAAGCACGGUAUCAUCUGUAUUGAAGAUUUGAUUCACGAGAUACUGACAGUUGGUCCUCACUUCAGAGAGGCAAACAACUUCCUGUGGCCUUUCAAGCUCAAAGCUCCUCUAGGUGGUAGGAAGAAGAAAAGAAAUCAUUAUGUUGAAGGCGGUGAUGCUGGAAACAGGGAAGACUAAAUCAACGAACUCAUCAGAAGGAUGAAUUAGUUUUUGGCAUAUCAUGUUGUGUAAGAUUAAUUAUCAAGGUUGAGAUAUUGUUUUCCUUAAGCAAUAAGCAUUUUGUUCUUAUGUUUUACAACAAUACAAAUGAAGUAGUUUUCAUUCUUUUUUCUCUCCCCAUCCCAAAACCCUACUUUCCCUUUUACUCCUAAUUUCCAAACAGAACCUAAAGAAAAUUAAGGGUGUCUGUUUCUUUCUUGUGGUUUAUGCAAAUAUAUCAACUAUGUAAUUUUGACAUGAUGAAUGAUAAGGAAUGAAAAUCUCAUACAUGA